AUGAUCCGCACGAGUCUUCCACCCAACCUUGAAACGAGCAAAUCCAAGCAGAAGCAGAAAGACGUUCCUCCAGAUCAUCACCGAGCACGCAAGCUCUCUGGCAUGAGAUGGGACGAGCCCCGAGAACGCCAGAUCUUGCUGAACUUCAGCCGGAGCAUUGGCAGAGAUCCGUCUCCUACGCCGUCGGCCGGGAGUGGAUCUGGUCGGCGUUCGAAGUGGACAGCCUAUCAUUUGAGCAAGCUCAACGAUGGUCAGCCCGAAGCCCAAGACGAAGAUGACCACACCGCGAACGACAUGAAAAACGCCGCUAGCGAUGCACCCAACUCAACCAGCCCACAAGAUGGAGCCAUGACUGUGACCGACGAAGGGGACCAAGAAAUCGCAACGGCAGCCAUCCUCUUCAAUCGGCAUAAUCCAGCUCAUCCGUAUUGCCAAGUUGCGGUGCAGCAGCUGGUCGAACAGAUCUUCUCCGACGACCAUUUCGACGCGGCUGUGGCGAUGCGCACGGCGAGGAUGGCGGAGAAGCUGGUCGGGUUUGGACUGGACAAGAACAAGACGUAUGUGGUCACCGCGGACCUGAUGGAGUCCGCUCGUCACGCCAAAGCCAGUCGACAGGGUCGAACCCUGGUUGAUGAGAUGACGCUGCAUGCCUUCCUCGAAGACGUCAAGGCUGGUGUACCCGAUCCACUGAUCGGCGACACUCUGCGCAAAUGGCAGCGAGAUCUGGAGAUGCAGAUGACGGGAGUCGAGACGGCUGAAGAUCCGUCAGCACCACCGCCGCCGCAGCUUGCAUCUCCCGUCUCCAUCCAGUCGUCGAGAAGAUCAACAAACGAGGCCUGUACUGCGGCCGACGUCCAGCAAGACGUCGCAGAUGCGGUUGUCUUCGACGAUGCAGAGGCAGACGCUGAUGCCGAACCUGAUUCUGAAGCUGACGAGGAUGGCCUUUUCGUUUACGAUUCGCACAACCGGAAUGACGGAGAGUCGACCUUCGGCCAGGACAAUGUGGCCGACCUCUUCACCAUGUCGGGGGCUUUGCCUGAUAGUCCAUCCCCUGAGCCUUCGUUGAACGGACGUGCCAUGCACGACCCUCCCUUGGUGGAACAUCCCAUGCCUAAUCUCUCUCUGCCUGUCCGACAGAAGCUGCCCACAGUCAUGGUGUCGCCGCCGACUCCCCAAGAAGUCCAGAUGCAGGACGACGCUGAACACGAAGCAGGACGAUUAGGGCCCAGAUCUGCAUCAACUCCUCGCAACGACAUCGCUGCUAUGCAUGCCCACAGACAGCAACGACGCAGUGCUCAGUUCUCCGAUCGAUUCUCCAACCCAUUGCAAGUCUUCAUCUACCAUGCUCAUCAGGCUCUCGGGAAAAAGUGCACGCCCAAGAGGUCGAAGCCCCAUAUCACCGCUCGGGCGGAGGCAAUCUGGUCACAGCUUGGUGAUGUCGAACGACACGACUGGAAUCGGUUGUGCUUGCAGCUCCAGUCUGAAGACAGUAUGCCCCUUGACUCAGCCGUCGGCGUGGAUCUGCUCGAGCGACAAGCGCUGUUGGACCAGUUGAAAGAGCUGACCGAGGACAAUCACGUCGGCCAAUCUCCACAGCUCAAGGCGAAAGUUGAUCCUGAGCCACGUCAAGGUGCCAAGAGACCCCUGGAGCCGGACGAGCCUGUGCAAGUCUUCGACUACUCCCAGCCUAUUCCCCGCGGUCCAGGACGAAAGCGUUCUGGGAGAAGCCGGGCUAGCAUGAGCUCAUCGAGGUCGUCGACGGCCAAAGGACGGCAGAAGUGGAAGAAACAGCGCCAGUUAGGGACGCCCAGCGGCGCCUCAGGACAGAAGCACCGACAAGGCACGCCAGCGUGCUCAAAGCCCAUCACGCUCAGGUGCGACGACGAGAGCAUCAAUGCCAGUCGAAUUGCCUUCAUCAUCGGCACACCGGACUCGCCGAUCCAAUUCAUCGAUGCGGUCGACUUCGUGCACCUCUGCAAGGCCAAAUUCGGAGACGCUCUCGAGCCCGGUCGAUGUGGCCAACUGUUCCCCCACGUAUGGUCUGCUCAGUUCAAGGACCCUACCGCCGCCAAAGGCCUGCUCCACGACGGCGUCUCUCUCCUCCACAGAGGCGUCCACCUCACCGGCGAAGCCUUCCCUCAAGCGACCCGACUCCUGGAAUGCUGCCUCUCCUCCACGGGAAUCACCCCCGGCGAGGUCGCCUACGCCGUGGUCGCCGCUUUCCCUCGGGAGUCCUGCAGCUUGUUCCGUUUUCCAAACGAUCGUUUCGUCCUCGUCUUCUCGACGCCGAGAUUCAUCUUCCGGUUGUACGUCCCCGUGUUGUCGAAGACUGGCAAGGUCAAGGCGCACGUUCGAUUCCAACCCUUGGGUUCGGGGGAUGUUUGUAGGGCGUGUGGGAUCGUUCAUGCGGAUGUUUGUCCCGGUGGAGCGAGGGUGUUGUUGCCGAGGAUCGUUCGUAGUUCGUAG